UCUUCGCAACAACAGAUAUUCACCCGACCCCACCACUCGAGCCAGAACCAUCCCCAGUUCACUCCCAUGGCGCGCCACCGGCCUCGGGCUCUCCUCCGACGACUCCUGCCCACCUCGUAACCGCCGUCGCAAUCGAUCCAUGCCGAGCUCAUCCAACCCGUGGCCGCGACCACAAGAGUACGCUCUCUCGACCCGAAUGGCCAUGGCGGCCUCACUUCUCACUGCCGCGCCCGCGCCGUCCCUUCUCUCGUCGGCAUCGCCGAGACGGAGGCCCUUCCUCGCGGCCCCUGCGCCCGCUCUCCGCCUGAGGGCCCCCGCUUCCCCUCCUCCCCGACCCCCGCAGCUUGCGCGCGAGUCCCGUGCCGCUCGCGCGCCCGUCGCGCGUGGCGUGGCGCUGUCGCAAGGCGAGGCCGAGGCGCCGGAGCGGGGUGCUCUGGCCACACGGCUGCUGCUGGGCGCGCUCAUCGGCUCCGCCGCGCUGCUCGGCUGCGGCGCGGCCCUGGCGGCGGCGGCGGAGGACUCCAUCAGGGCGUCCGGGUUCGGGCUGCGGGUCGCCGCGUCGCUGCGGAGGCUCGGGUGGCCCGACGACGCCGUCGUCUUCACGCUCGCCACGCUGCCCGUGCUCGAGCUGCGGGGCGCCAUCCCGGCCGGGUACUGGAUGCGGCUCCACCCCGUCCGCCUCACCGUCCUAGCCGUUCUCGGGAACAUGGUGCCUGUGCCAUUCAUCAUCCUCUACCUGAAGAAACUCGCCACCUUUCUCUCACAAAGAAGUGCUUCUGCGACCCGGAUUAUGGAUCUCCUCUUUGAGCGGGCGCGGCGGAAGGCUGCACCUGUGGAGGAAUUCCAAUGGCUUGGGUUGAUGCUGUUUGUUGCUGUUCCAUUCCCAGGCACCGGGGCAUGGACCGGCGCUAUCAUUGCAUCAGUUCUGGGCAUGCCUUUCUGGUCGGGUCUGUCAGCGAAUUUCGUGGGGGUCGUCCUAGCAGGGUUGCUGGUAAAUUUGCUCAUGAAUCUUGGGUUGAAGUACGCCAUAGUCACUGGUGUACUUCUUUUCUUUGUAUCAACUGUGAUGUGGGGAGUCCUUCGGUCUCUCAAGAAGUCAUUGAAUACAGAAUGAUGUUAUGAUUGAGUCCAGGUUGAAAUGUUUCUGGUACGUUUUUUUGUCCUUCUGAGGGAUUUAGUUGCAACUAAACUGUCAACUUGUAGUCUUGUGAGGGAUAAUAUUAUUCCUGAUGUUCAACUGAAGCUUUUGAAUUUCUUC